AUGCCACCCAAAAGAAGGGUCCGUGACGACCACGGUGAGGCGCCAUCCACGUUGGCCGGUGGUGCUGCCGUCAGUCGAGAGCUGCCUUCGUUGGCAUCGCGACUCGACACAUCGUACGGAUCUGCACCUUCCACGAUUCUGCGGAACACUCGCCGUGGUCAACAACGCAAUUUGCAAGACAUUAUCAAGGAAACACUACACGACAGCGACGACCCUGAUGACGACCCGGGCGACCCGGGCGACCCGGACAAUGGCGACGAAAGCGAUGAUGGCGAUGCCAGUGCCAGCAGCAGUGAGAGCAGCAACAGCAAACAGCCACAAAAGCGUGCUUCUCGACGCACAAGGCAAACAAGGCAAACAAAGUCACCAACCUCCAAACCAGCGCCAAAGACGAAUCCGCCGCGCAGAGUACAACCGAGUCCUGAUCCAGACCCUGAUCCCGACCCGGACUUUGACCAAGACUUCGGCCCCUAUCGAGAGUCCUCAGAAUCCCCCGAUCCACUGAGGGAUGCAACACCAGAUCCCCUCCACGUCCGGCGCUCACCGCGACGACAAUCACCAGCCAAAACUGCUCCCUCCAUCGAACCUCCUUCAUUCCAGCAAGGCCCUCUUGUUCCUCCACAGCAGUUCUUACCAGGUGCUGCACCUCCAAGAGGGCAAUUCUCAACAUAUUCACAGUCGAUGAAUAGGAGAGCCAGCUCGGAGGAUCCUACUCAAGGUUUGACACCUGCUAGACGAUCUCUUCCUGCGGCAAGCUGGAACUCCGUUUUCGCUCGAGCCAUAUCCGAAGAGCCCUAUUCCCAGUCUCGCUCUCAACUCGCCCAAGGCCCUCCGGAGCCGACUCCGACACCAGACUCAGUUCGCACCUUUGGCCAGGAAAGCUCACUCUAUGGAGGUGCCGAUAUUGGCUCAACCCCGUCGCAGUCUCUCUCUUCAGGGCGUGGUGGUCGCAUGCGGUCAAUCGAGGAGAGCGAGGAACCUUCUCCCCCAAAGCAGCAGACGAGAGGCAUAGAUCUACUCAGUCCAUUGAGGCGCUUAGCACGCGAUCCCCGGCACAACGCGCAAAUGGCACAGCGAAAUAUGAACCAGGCAGCUCCUCACCAAGGAGCCAUCCAAGCUCCGAUCACCAAGGUUUCUGAUAGACCUCCUCCCGAUCUGCCGCCUUUACUGCCCUCCCAGGGCAACAUCCGCCCAUCUCAACAGGAGCCACCAAGUACACCGCCAUCAGGUCGAUUUCGACCGCGCAGCAGUAAAUCACCUUACCAGGCGUUGCCUGCUCACCUUGUCAACCAAUCUCCUGCUAAAAGAGACUCAUUAGGGUCAGUAGCAAGCUCGCGUCAGCUCGCAGCUAAUAAAGAUUCGGUGUCACCUUCUCCUGCUGCAAGGUCGAGCUCAACUCGUCUGUCAAGUCGUGUUAGCGAAGAGCCAUCUCUUGAUCAUCAAUCCCCUCAAGCCUCAAACCGUCACCCUUCACCUCGCAAGCCGCUGCAGGCCGUGAACUUCAUUCCUGCUCGCAGAGGGCCGCUGGCUGCCGAAGAAAAUCCUGCACCUCCUCGCCCCCUAUUUGGCAAACCUCUACCCGUCAAUGGUGAUCCAGCACCGUCUCGUUCCUUGGCCAACGAUCCUCCAGCCAUCAGAGUGGAAGCUCUAGGGUCCACAGCGGGCGGAACCGGCUCGACGAGGCUUCCCGGUACAAGUGGCCUUUCUGGCAACAGGGACGGUCGACCAGCACCUGGCCGAGGCGAGCCCGGUAUGUUUACUCCCGAAAUGCGAGCAAGGAUACAGCAAGAGCAUCGGCAGGAACGGAUCAAGCAGGAAGCCCUUCGAAAGGAGCGCAGUGCUCGUUUGCAGGCAUGGCCACGAGUCUACAAUACGGUGUAUGAAUGGACAAAUGUCCCUCGACCGGACAGCCCCGAGACAGACGACGACUUUGGAUCCGAUUCAGAUGGCCACAUGAACUCGAUUGUGACUUCGCGACAGGUUCCCUACAGCGAGUUUUCGUGGGCAAGUUGGAUCUUGUUCAAGAUUGCUGACGCGUUCGUGGACUUGAUCAACUUUGUCUGCUCCCUGGACUUUUGGAUUCUCAAGGCUUCGCUCGGCAUUCUGCUUCUUUCACUCCUGACAUGGGGUGCCUUGACAGGAUUGAACUCCACGCCGGCUAUUGGACUAGGCGGCAUCCAAUGGUACGGUCUGUCAGACUUCUCUCACAAUUUCGGUCAAUUCGUGCCACUUUGGAUGUCGCGACCUGCAACGCUCUUCGGCGACGAUGACGCUAGGGAAUAUGUCCGUCAGCAACGCAACCACGAAUACGAAAUCACAAAGUUGACGACGGCCAGCAAGCUUCAUGAGGGAUCGCUGUCGCGCUUGAUGGAGAUCGUUCCCAAGGUUGUGCACAUGAAGUUGGACAAGAAGGGACGGCCCGUCGUGGGAGAGGAAUUCUAUCACGCGUUGCGUGACCUCAUGAAGAGCGAUGCCGAAGUAUUGACGCUGAGCCGGGGCCAUGGUGGCUACCACUUCGUCUCCGAUGAGAACUGGCUGGCGAUCAAGAGCAGACUCCAGAAGGAUCCCGUAUAUCAGAAAGCUGCAGAGCCGCCUACGCCAGGAUUAUCCUCCGCGGACGUCGAGAAUAUCUCACAAUCCAAGUUCGACAAGACCUGGGAGAAGUGGCUUGUCAACAAUAACAAGAAGAUUGCCAAAAUACUCGAACCCCAGUUUAGCACGUCCAUUCCGGACAAGAUUGGCAAGGAUCUCGAAUCCAAGAUUGAGAGGUUCGUCAAGGACCAGUUCAAGAAUAAGGACACCAAAGAUGUCGUGGUGACACGGGAUGAGUUCAUUCGCCAUCUUAAGGGCGAGUUCGCCACCCAUCGAAACGAGGUCAAAGCUGAGGCGCAAGAACUGCAGAAGAAGUUGGAGCAGUACAUCAAUGAAUCGGUUGAGGGCAUUCUGAAGAAGAGCCCGCCAAAGGGCGUCACCCGGACGGAAAUGAUCACAGUGGUUGAUGGCAUGAUCCGCCAGGCGAUUGCGAAUGCUGGACUGGAAGCGCUUGCGCAAGGCAAGAUCGGUGCGGUCUGGGACAAAGAACUCCGCCAUCAGGUCAACUACUUGGCUCAUGGCAGCGGUGUCAUUGUAGGAGGCGACCAUCUGACGCCAAAUUACGUGCCUCCCAUCAAGGCCAAACUAGGCACCGAGAGUCAUAAGAGAUUAACAUCGCGGAGUCCCCACAUCCAACCACCCGCUGCAACACUGUUUGGCUGGGAGGACGAAGGAGACUGCUGGUGUGGCAUGGUUGUUGUGGACAGAGAUGGAAAAGAAGGUGGCGUCCGCAUCGGCUACAUCCUCAGUCGAGAGAUUGUUCCCCAGCAUCUGGUCGUCGAGCAUAUUUUACCUGGGGCCACACUGAAUCCCGACGCCAGGCCAAAGGACAUUGACAUUCUGGCAUAUUACACCGACCUUCACACGCGUAAUCGGGUUGCCGACUUUGCGGCAGCCCACUUCCCAGGCAACAAACUCUCGGAUGGCUGGGUGAAGAUUGGUCAAUUUACUUACGAAAGCAGCGACACGCUAAACGGAGCACACGUACAUAAGCUCAGUUCGGAGCUUCUUUCCUUGGGGGCCUACACGGAUCAAAUCGCGCUUCACGUCACCAGCAACUAUGGCUCAGACCAUACGUGCUUGUACAGAGUGAGACUCUAUGGCGUGGAGAACGAGGCUUGA